CAGAGGGUCGUUUGCAAAGUUCAUGGGCUGAAAAAACGCAGAAGGAAACAACACGCUGGAGUAUUGGUUUAAUGUACGAGCUGUGGAUUAUACUUUUCCAGUUUCACCUCACCUGACGCACAGGGCGAACGCCGGGUCCCAUUUGUCUUUGCGGAUUAAACUCUGUCAGCAGCUGACAGCUUCCCAAGAACAUGCAGGAUCUACAGUUCUGACCAGCAGCGGCUCAACAAGUAGAGCACUGGACAGCUGACAGGGGUUGUGGUCAAACUCCCUGACUGCGUUUGUGUGUGCAGCUGCAGUCUGGAUGUAAGAUUGGGUCAGUGCUUGAGUCGGUUACCCUGCUUCAGUGUGCGAUGUGCGGGUCCUCUAUCCCGCUGCGUCUGCUGCUCUGGAUCGUAGGAGCAGCUGUCUCUACGACGCAAGGUAAGGUUUUAGGUCCCGCUAAUCUGACCGCAGAGGCAGGUCGUCCCUUACUGCUCGGCUGCAACAUCACUACGGAGCCAGGUGAUAUGGUCUACCAAGUGCGCUGGCUCAACAAGCACCACAAGCUCAUUCUGGCGUACGAACAGGGGACGUCGCCCCACAUCAGUCACCAAGACCAAAAUGUGCAGCUCACUGUCUCUCAUCACAACGCUAGCUACAUAACCUUCACGAAAGUGCAGGCUGCUGACAGCGGCUGCUACCACUGCAUCUUUGAUGUUUACCCCAAGGGCACGCAACAAGGCUUGGCGUGCUUCAAUAUCAUCGGAAAAGUGCAUUUCGAUGGCAAUAAGACUGCCAUAAGUGGAAAGCCGACCACCCUUUCAUGCUGGUACAGCCUCCCUGGCAGGGUCCGACAGGUCUUGUGGAGGAAGACAGCCGAGCAGGGUGACACCACCACUGUUGGCUCCGUUGCUGAAGGCAACCAUUACAAAAUAGAGGAACAGUUCAAGGGUCAGGUCAGCCUGAGCCGAACCCUGGGACACACUGAGCUGACGAUAAAGGCUGUCCGAACGGAGGACGAGGCCUGCUACACCUGUGAGUUCCACACGUACCCAGAUGGCACCCGGGCCGCCACCACAUGCCUCUCUGUUUAUGUUUUACCCAAACCAGAGGUGAGCCAGGUGACCUCACCUUCAGGGAUCACUGAGGCCAACUGCACGGCCAAGUCCCGGCCUGCAGCGGAGAUCAUGUGGAACGUCGGCAGUGACAACCGAACCCUAGGCCCACCAUUUUCGUCGGCCUACGAACAAGGCGACGGUACAACAAUAGUGACGAGCACGCUACUCUUCCAGUCUGGGCUGUUCAGCGACCUGUCCAUCAAGUGCAUCGUGCACCACCCGGGUUUGAAUAAACCCCUGUUGAUGUCCCUCAACACAAACAUGGGUCCAGCCAUGGUUAUCCUCAUCUCUGUGUGCGGUGUGGCAGCGGUCCUCCUCUUGUGCUUGUGUGUGUGUCUCUGCAAGUGCUUCAUCUGUACGGAUGACUGAUUUGGAGUCUGCCCUCACCGCUGCUUUGAUGAAGGUCCAGUGAAGCUCUGAGCCUGACCUAGCUGCUCAGCACCGUGCCCUUCAAUUCAGUAUUCAGAGGAAGGGGGAAGGGAACAGAGCUGAGCCAACACUGGGCUGAGCUGGGAGGGUACUGCUAGUGUGGACACCAAUUUACUACAAAGUAAACAGAACUAAAACCACAUUAUUUAAUGCUAGUUAUUAUACUUACGGUAGAGCACUGGAGAUGUUUGUUGAUGAAACCCUUUUAUAUAAAAGAUAGCAAGGCUGAGAGAUGCAGAAGUAGAUGUGGCAAAAUGGAGCUCCAGUGGUGAGAUUAAACAGUGCUUCCUCUCUUAAGAAGUCGUUGUAGUGUCUGUACAUGUGUGUGUUUGUAUGUGUGUUUUAGUUAUUCUCUGAUGUCAGAAAAUGGUGUGAUGAGUUAUAUAUUUUUUCAACUUUCAGUAGCUAUAUGAUUGCAUGAAGUGUCAUGUAAAUUUACAGUUGUGGUCAGAAGUUUACAAACACUCAUCUAGGGUAUGAAUGUCAUGGUUAUUUGAGGAUUAUAAUGAUUUCUUUGAACUUUACUUUUUCCAGGGUGGAAUGAUUGUGCAAUAUAAAUCUUUAAUUACUUUAAAAAACAAGACUUGAGUGAACAAGUUUGAUCUGAUUUUGGAUUUUCUUUAAUCCACACAGGGUCCAAAUUACACAAAGCUUGAAACACCAUACUAACAUUUGGUUAAGUGUCCUUUAGCAAGUUGCACUUUAGCCAGAUGUACUUGGUAGUCAUCAAGAAGCAAAAACCGCUCUUGUUGCCAAAAUUUGUAGACUUCAUUUAAGUUGGUUGGUUAGCUGACACAGACCUGGCUUUAAAGUGUUGUUCACAAAUUUUCAGUAUGGCUGAGGUUUAAGAAGACCAUUCCAACAGCUUCUUGUCAGCCCGUUUAUACCUUCCAAAACCAGUUUUGAUGUGUGUUUCAUUGUCCUGUUGGAACACUCAGUUGUGUUGUCAGUCAACUAAAUGUUGAUUUGAGGUGAAGUUGCAGAAUUUGGAGGUAGUGAUUCUCAUUCAUUAUUACAUUUACUCUGUGGAAUGCCCCCAGUACCACUGGCUGCAAAACAGUCUCCAUGCCUUGUGUCAUUGUGGCUAGACAGCUCAAUCUUUGUCUCAUCUGACCAUGAAACUCUUCUCCAGAAGGCAUUUGUUCCAUGCGGGCUGCUACAAAUUUUAGUCGAGCUUGAAGGUGUCAGUUUUGGAGCAGAGUUGGCAUCUUAGUCCAUGGUGAUGUAAAACUGGCCUCACUGUGGACAGUGUUGCUGGUGUUCCAGUAGUUUCCAGCUCAUGGCACGCUUGAGCCUUGAUGUUCCUGAACAUCCUAAGCAAAUUCCUCAAAUCUGAUGGUGACACUUUUGGUCUUUUUCCAGAUCUUGGCAAAGUGGUGAUGCAUCUGAAUACCUUGUACUUACUUGCUUGAACAGUCUGCAGUUGUUUAAAAACGGCUUCAAGAGACCUUCCCAACUUGUAGAUAUCUACAAUUCUCCUACUUAGAACUUCUCAAUUUUUACAAUAUUGGUAAAUCCAAUGAGUGCUGAAAAAACAAAUCCUUUUUUUGCUAGCAAUUGAAAUUACCAGUUGUAGUCAAUUAUGAUGACUAGUGAGACGUUAACAGGCUUUGCUCUUGUCAAGUUAAAGACAAUGUAAAACCUUUAGCGCCACUUAUUCAAAGAUUUAAAUAAGGAAAUGUAUGUAUAUGAGUCUGUAUGCAUGUUUGAGCCUGUGUGGAUUAGAGAAAAUCCAAAAUAAGUUCAAACUUAUGGAAUCCUGUACAAUCAUUCUACCCUGGAAAAAGAACAGUUCAAAGAAAUCAUUGGAAGCCCAAAAUUACUAUGACAUUCAUGUCCAUGAUGAGUGUUUGUAAACAUCUGACCAUGACUGUAACUACACUUUUCUAUAUAUAUAUAUGCAUAUAUAUGCAUAUAUGCAUAUAUAUCUCUAAAACCCUUAUAUUGAUCACUAAACUAGAAAAAAUGUUGAUGUCACAUAUAUGUAGGUGUCAUCAGAUAUUAACUGAAAAUCUCUUCAGAAUUGGAAGACCAGAGGCACAAACAAACGUGACACAGAAAAACCGAAACCACCAAAACCGUUUGGACUUUGUAAUUGUGAAAAUACUUUGUUUCUGAACCUUUUAAGGUGGCUGAACAUUUCAAGCCACAUCACUUGCUCUUUGCCUGAUUGCUGUGGGACACCAAUAUCACCACUGCGAAGCUGUUGCUUCACCUGACAUCCCUCCAUUUGUGGUUGUGAUGUAGAGAAGAACGAUGGCUAAAACGGCACCAAUUGUGAACUUGCAAGUUACGGGAAAGUAAAAAAAAUCUGACUUUUAGUAAACGGGCCCGUGUGAGUCACCCUGAAGGAUGGUUUGUGGUGGAAAAGAAUGAAAAGUUUGUUAUUUUUAGCUGCUGCCUGCAGGACAGAGACGGGUGGUCGACCUGUAACCUUUGUGUGCUCGGUGGUUAACACCGCCCAAACAAUUUCUGUGCACAUGAAUCCUGAGAAUUACUGUUUGCAUAACUGUCUGAGAGAUAGAAGGCGUUUGUGUGUCUUUCUAUGUGUCUGGGUGAGUAAUCUGAGUUCAAAAGAAACACAGAGUGCAUCUAUGUCUAUGUGUGUGUUUGCAUUUGCUGCCAUUGCUGUACAGUAUUAUAAUUUACAGAGUUAAACUGUAGGGAGCACCAGUGCUAGGUUUAUUGGCCUGCAUGGGCAGUUAUUGGUUUAUCAUAGAAACUCAGAGUAUAAUGCUACAGUGAAGUCUGUUAUCUUUAUAUAUAAACACAGUUUGAAGGUUUAAAUAUUAAUAAAUGUCUUUGAUGAUAAGAAGCUAACAAGCUGAUUGUGUUGCUUUUACAGUGUUUUUCCUUUUUUGUAUCAAUAAAUCUGUUAAAUAGUGUCCUGCACUUGUGCUGCAAGAUAAAUCUUAAGCUAAUGUGGAUCGGCACUGGGUUAAAUAAAUAAAAAACUUUAUCUGCUGUC